AUAUAAUUCAGGUGCGAAAAUAGGCUAAAGCCAUAAAAAUAAUUGGUAAAAAUUGUAAAAACAUUGGUACAUUUUCUGAACCUGAACAGGAAUAUGCCCAUUCGACUGUUACGCCAUCUGUUGACGAGUAGAAUCACUACAAUGAGACAAAGCCAUUUGACAUAUUGGAAUUAAAAUGCAGUAUCAAAACGCAUACUUCAAGAGAAUGCCAAAAAGAAUAAUAUUCUCGCACAAAAACCCAUGAAAUUUUACUGUUUAUAAGUUAAAAUAUGAUUCUUAUUUGAUAAUAAUGAGUGUUGAUAAAGGCAAAGGGCCGAUUUUCGACCCUGGCGUAUGUCGGUGCUGCGGCUCGUUGAAGCGAUGCCGCUUGUUGAACGUCGAAUAUCAGUGCAUGGGCCAGAAGGAAGUCUAUGCUGAUAUGAUAAUGGAUUGCUUUGGACUAUUGAUGUCACAUUUAGAUGACAAACCAUCAGCUCGGCUGGUGUGUGCAACAUGUGUGGCUCGUCUGCGUGAGGCUGCUGCGUUUCGAGCACAAGUGCUUCGCUGCGAGGCCGCAUUCCUACAGCUAAGGAUGUGCGAGACAGAGGCUGCAGACAAGCAAGCGCGUCUAGACGCAUCCGCCAUGUUAGAGGUGGAGAUCAAGCCGGAGCCGCCGGACGAGCCCCCGGGCUCCCCGCCCUGCGACAACGACGACCUUGACGACCGGGAUGACCUUGAUCUUAAAGAGCAUAUGGAUGAAACAGAGGAACCGGAGCGCGUGCAAUGUCAGUCUCCAGUGGACUCCGAUGACAUGCCUUUGAAGCGGCGCAAGAAACGCGCGAGUAACGGCCGACUGCCGCCCGUGCAACAACCACCCGCCCUCCCCAUGUCCAAAGUCCAGCAGCUGAUGCGCGAACGCGACCCGUCCUACAUGAUCGACACAAACGUCGUCACCGUCGUCGAGAACUCCUACAUCUGCCCCUUCAAGUGUCGACACAACCAUCUACUCUGCUACUACUGCGGGGCCAACUACUCCGACCCGACCGCUCUCCGACACCACACCAUCUCCGAACACCAUCCGAAGAAAUUCAAAGUCAUCGAACACAAGAAAAUGAUUAAAAUGGACUUAACAAGAAUAGACUGUAGACUAUGUAGUGAGAAUAUUAGUGAUCUAGAAGAAUUCAAGCGACAUAUAACAACAGUGCAUAAUAAAAAAUACUAUUUUGACGCGAAAGAUUUAAUCUUACCAUUUAGAUUGACUUUGAACGAGCAGCAGUGCGCGUUGUGUGACGAAGUGUUUCCGUACUUUCACGCUUUGAACAAGCAUAUGAACAAGCAUUUCAGUAACUAUGUGUGUGAGACGUGUGGUUUGGGGUUUGUGGAUAAGGGGAGGUUCGUGAUGCAUCAGCAGAGGCAUGAGGAGGGGGACUUUCCUUGUGAGACUUGCGGGAAGAUUUUUAAGGCGCAGUAUAACAGGGACCUCCACAUCGACCGGGUGCACAACAAGCGUGGCCGCGUGUUCUGCCCCAAAUGCGACGUGAAACUGAUGUCGUACACGCAGAAACUGAAGCACUUGGUGGAGGUGCACGGUGACGCACCGCUGUCGUUCCCCUGCAGCUUGUGUGAUCGCGUGUUUGGCACUAGACGAACGCUCACCAUACAUAGGAGGAAGGACCAUUUGAAAGACUACAGAUACGAGUGCCAAUUCUGCGGCCAAAAGUUCUUCACCCGUUUCGCGCUCAACAACCACAUGCCGACACACACGAGGGAACGCAACUUCAAGUGUAAAGUUUGUGAGAAGACUUACCCCCGACUCAAGACGCUUAAAGACCACAUGCGGAUACACACGAAUGACAGGAGAUACAGGUGCCAUGUGUGUGGACAGGCCUUUAUACAGAACUGUAGUCUCAAGGGGCAUAUGAAGAGCCAGCAUUCGGAAUUUGGGUGAACUAUGGUUUUUAAAAUCUGUCAAACCAAUGGGGUUGGCCGGUCGAAGUAUUUAGCAUAGCUUGCCCUGUAAAUCCCUAGAAUUGUGUCAAUUAUUUUUAUGGAAUUUUAUGCCCUGGAUGCCAGCCCUUAAAGCCAAAUCUCAUAGAAAAAGGGGCAAGCUAUGAUGGCGCCAUCUAUGCAAACCUUUGACAGUUGCCAACCCCAUUUUCAGUGGUUCAACUUCAAGUGUAAAGGGUACGAGAAGACUUACCCGAGACUCUAUGGUGGACUAUGGUUUUAUAAGUCAAACCAAUUUUGUAGAUAGAAUGAGGCGGCAAAUUUUGAAAAGUCAUAUGGCGUUCUAAAAGAUGGCAGUAAAUUUACUAUGACCAUAAGCCUCUAUACACUCAAUUCUCUUCAGUGUAAGUAACUGUACAGAUGUAAAUAUUUUAUUAUUUUUAUUAAUGUAGGUUUGGCUCAUAUUUUAACUAGUUUGAAUCAAUCAAUCAAAAGAAAUGGCUCUGAAUUCAGUUGUUAUUUUUAUUUCAUUUUGUAAACGCUAAUCGUACGUACCGGACCGCAACCUUGGUUUGGUGGACUCUUUCUAGCUCUUACUUAUAGCUGCGUCCUCUCACUCAACCGAACAGGCCUCGGACCGGACCAAGGUUGCGGUUCGGUACGCCCGUCUCUUACAGCUUUAAGUACCCGAGUCGC